AUGGCCUCCUGGUUCAGCUGGAGCGACCCGUACCACCGGAGGCCGCGGCGGGAGCCCUCGGACGUGGUGGUGGACACGCUGAUGCUGGAGUUCACCUGGCAGAUGAAGGAGGCCGAGCGGCUGCAGCGCGAGCGCGACAGCGAGUACCGGCGGCUGAAGACGGGCGUGGACUACAGCUGGCUGGCGUCCACGCGCCGCAACUCGUACAGCGUGAGCACCGGGGAGAGGCUGGGGCUGGAGGACCUCUGCUGCAAGGUGCCGCCCGGCGACUGCGGACUGGUCAUACUCAAGAUCCGCGAGGCGCUGGGGGCCCACCAGCCUGACGCGCAGGAGGUGCUGGGGCUGUUCCGCGGCGUGCUGCUGGAGGAGCUGGACCGCGCCCGGGAGGAGGAGGAGACGCGGCGCCUCACCCGCCAGUGGAACAACAAGCGCUCCAUGAGCAUGUCGCUGGUCAACUUCCGCUCCCGCAUCAAGAUCAACCCCUUCGGCAGCACCGUGGGCCUGACCUCCGGCCCCGCCGACGCCGAGGCCGGCGGAGACCUCAAGACGGUGUCGGAGGACGUGGAGAAGGGCUCGGACACGGGGGACGGCCGGGUCCAGAGGGGAUGGAGUCUGCCUGACUACUGAGACAGCGUCGCGUGGACCCUGGAACGCCCGAGCCCCCCCCCCCCCGUAGUGUCCAUGUGAGGCCGUCACGGGUCGUGACGACGGGGCACCCCUAAGCCAGGGGGACCGGCUCACGUACUUUGUCUUGGCUCCCAUCGUUGCAAGAUACCGGGACAAUGGAGCAGAUAUCCCGCAGUCCUUUUGAGCCACUAUGAAGUCCAAACUAUUGGAACAUGCGUCUUUAUAAAGCACAGUUGUAACUCACACCUUUUAUAGUGCGUUCCCAGAGGAUUUGAAGGGUUUUCAAACUCGUCUGUUAAUGCAAGCCUCGUCUUCACCUGUUGUCUUGGUGACUACGAUUGGAAAUACUAUUUUUGAUAUACAUAGUUAACCUUAAUAUAUAAUAUAAUACAAAUGUAAUUUAUACCCAACACUUGUGUGCCACUAUACAAUGAAAAAUGUGUGUAAUUUUGAAAUGUAUGUGUAAGUAAUGAAUCCUCUUUGAUGUUUUAACUGAUUUGUAGUGAAAUACAGCAAGCCAUUAAAACGCUAAUCUCCACUACCGUUUCUGUAUGCGAAGACACUAGGAUACGUCCUCUUAAGUCCCCUAAAAGGUUUUCCGAACCACCAUUCAUCAUACAAGGCCACGUAGAAAUUCAGCGCUACAAGGACACAUGCUUUGUCUGCCAUGCUUUUUUCAGUUCGCAAAUGAAGACAGAAAGGAGUGGGGUCUGAAAUCAUCCGACUGCACAGUAUUAUGGGGGUCAUUCUGCAGUUUAUUACCAUGUCUCGUCUCUUAAACUUGGUAAGCCACAUUUUUCAACACAAUAUCCAACAGACAUAUACCCAUCUAAAAUAAAA